AUGGGUUAUGAUUUAAAACUUAUUAGUUGUUCUGCCAGUGAAUCAAUUGCUGAGAAUAUUGCACAAUAUUUGGAUGUCAAAAUUUGUAAAUCAAAGAAAGUCAAAUUUGCUGAUGGUGAAUGUUAUGUACAAAUCAAUGAAAAUGUUCGUGGAAGUGAUGCUUUUGUUGUUCAAUCCAUGUCUGAUCCAGUUAAUGAUAAUUUCAUGGAAAUGUUGUUGAUGAUUGAUGCUUUGAAGAGAUCUAGUGUGAAUAGAAUUAAUGUUGUCAUUACUUAUUAUGCAUAUGCAAGACAAGACAGAAAGACCAAAUCAAGAGUUCCAAUUAGUGCAGCUCUUCUUGCUAAAUUAAUUGAAGCAGCUGGUGCUGAUCACGUAGUUUGUGUUGAUUUGCAUGCUGGACAAAUUGAAGGAUACUUUUCAAUUCCAGUUGACAAUGUCAGUGUUGGUCGUUCAGUUUUAUCUGCAUUGAUUAGAAAAGUUCAUGAUUUGAGUCCAAAAUUGACAAUUGUUUCACCUGAUGCUGCAGGUGGUAGUAGAGCUGAUGUUCAAUUGCAAUAUGUUACAAAGCAUUAUGAAAAAUUUGGAGAUGCUCAAAUUGCUGAUGAUAAGUUACCAUGGCUUAUGGAACUUGUCGGUGAAGUUAAUGGAAGAGAUUGUAUCAUUGUUGAUGAUAUUGUGGAUACAGCUGGUACUUUGUGCAGUGCUGCCAAGUGUUUGAAGGAACAAGGAGCCACCAGAGUUUUUGCCUGCGUAACUCACGGAUUGUUGAAUGGACCUGCUCUUCAAAGAAUUAACGAUUCCCCAGAUUUGGAUAUGCUUAUCAUUUCCAAUACUGUUAAUCAAUCUGAAGAAGUAUUAAGCAGUUCCAAGAUUAUGGUUGUGGAUGUAAGUGAGGUUUUGGGUGAAACCAUUCGUCGUAUCCAUAAUGAUGAAUCUUUGAAUAACAUUUUAUUCCAGAAAUAA